AUGGCGCGGUUGUUACUAGUGAUGUUGCUGCCGGCGCUUGCCGCAGCGGCAGCCGGUGAUAAUGAUGUGUGCAACCCGGAUAAAAUGACUGUAUAUAAAAUGGUGCUGCAUACAUACUGGACGAGAGACAAAUUCCCGAAACAUUACCCGGAUUGGAGACCGCCUGCUCAGUGGUCGAAAGUUUAUGGUGUAUCACACGACAGAUCAUACACGUUAUUCCGGCUGGGGACUCGAGUGUCAGCCUCAGUUCGACAGUUCGCCGAGAUGGGUCGAUCCGACGCUCUGGGGUCAGCCCCGGGAACGCUCGACGUUUUCGGGGCACCCGCUGUUGGACAGGGCGCUGGGAGAACUGAAGCUGAGUUCUUUGUUGAUGGGAAUCAUUCUAGGGUGUCGGUUAUGGCUCGCAUGAUACCGUCUCCUGAUUGGUUCAUUGGAGUAGACAGCUUUGACCUCUGCGUGGAUGGGAACUGGCUGGACAGCAUCACUAUAGAGGUGGACCCACUAGACGCAGGGACUGACAAUGGCUUUACGUUCACUGCCCCGAACUGGCCCACCGCACCGCAAGGAGUCGCAUACCGCAUCACAUCCAAAUAUCCAUCACAUCCAGCAGGUUCUUUCUUCUAUCCACAUCUAAGAAGAUUACCGCCUAUUGCUACGGUCCAGUUUAUAAAGCUACGCGAAUAUGAACUCUCAGAAGUAUUCCACCGCAACACAGACGAUCGAAGAUACGAUGUACUACAACUUGACAAGAUGAACCAUAACAACAUAGAUGUAUUGGACGGAAACAGAGCACUCUCUAUUGCAGAGGAAGUUGAGAGAGCUGAGCAAGCGCCCAGGAUAUAUUCUGAAGGAUCCAUGACUACACCUGAUGGGGCUUAUUCGUAUUAUUCUAUAACGAACACGACAUCGAGUACGACCGAAGAGCCUCGUUCGGCUAACGAGCUCCCGACUUCGGGUCCUGCCGCCAGCGAGAGGUCAGCUCUUCGAAGCCUGGCCCGUAGAUACCGAGCGAGGCGACGACGCAAGCUCCGCGCUGAUAGCACCGACCCGGCUGAAAGGAGGAAGCGGAAAAGAGCAAGACUGUUAGACUGCCGGGUAUCAGAAUGGGGCGAUUGGAGUCCAUGUCGCAGUGACGGUGGUUGUGUAGGCUCAGCUGUGCGUACGCGCCGAAUAAUCAGACGACAAAGGCCAGGGGGUGCACCAUGCCCGCCAACCGCUCUAACAAGGUGGUGUGCCACCAACUGCUCGACAACACAGCCACACGAAGACUGGCGGACUAAUCUCACGUAA